AUCAGAUUGAUUAUAAAGGGUCCGACGUCGCUCUCAACUCACCGACACUCAUCCCUCAGUCAUCUGGUUGUCCUCCCAGGCAAAGCAGGCCAAUCGCCAACAAACUCCACUCACUUCCAACUCAAUCGCGCGGUCUUAAUUACUAUCCAACAUGUAUCUCCGCGCCGCCCAUGCCGAAUACCACAUCCCAACACUGCGGCGCUUCAUCCAAGAAAACCCACUCGGCCUCUUCAUCACCGCCUUACAAUCGACAACGUUCCCAACUAUCCAAUGCAGCCAUGUGCCAUUUUUACUCGACGUGCAGGAUGAAACCAGCGAGACGGAACUAGGCAAACUACGAGGCCACCUAGCCAAGCCAAACCCACAAACCAAAUCCAUCACCGAAGCCGUGCAAGCGAGCACUCCAUCCCGAUCCAACGGACGGCUUCGCGAGGAAGUGUCAGUGGUGUUCAACGGUCCCGCACACUCUUACGUGACGCCCAAGUUCUACGUCGAGACAAAACCCACCACGGGCAAGGUGGUCCCGACGUGGAAUUAUACGGCUGUCCAGGCGUAUGGGACCGCCACCAUCUUCUUCGACAGCAAGGCUGCCGAAACAGGUGAGUUCCUUCACCGCCAGAUCACCGAUCUGUCGCGGUUUGCAGAGACGCAAAUGAUGGGGUUUACGGGCGAAGGUGAUCGGCUUAAGCCCUGGGAACUCGCCGACGCGCCUGAAAGGUACACAGAGUUGCUAAAGAAGAAUAUCAUUGGGGUCGAAAUCGAAAUCACUAGAUUAGAAGGCAAGUUUAAGAUGAGCCAGGAACUGGCGAGUGGGGAUAGAGAAGGCGUCAUCAAAGGGUUCGACGCGUUGCAGACGGAUAAUGCGUCGAGGAUAGCGAGGACGGUGGAGGAACGUGGAAGGAUAAAGGACUCCGCUGCCAAGCAGGGCUGAAAAAACUACUAUGAAUGAAAUGACGGUAGAGGUGGCGUUGAUUGAUGUUUAUUUGGUCGGGAAGCCAGGCGAGACGAUUGGAUACAAAGAGUGUUUCUGAGAGCCGGAAUAUAUUGAAGAUUGUUUAAGGACAUUACCCUGAGCACACCAGACGCCGCCAAUGGAAAACUUGCCAUGUUAACACCCGACAAAGAAAGAGGCCGAAUUCAAAACUUCUAUAAAACGCCCUCCAGAGUCUCCAUGCUCAAUCGAUCGACCAAUUCAAGCAAGGGAACAUCAUAUGUCUCCCUCGUUGACGGCCUACAAAGACAGAGCUUGAGGGCUUUUGAGACCCUAUUUCGCUGCGACUUGGAGUGCGGACAGUUUGAUCCGACCCCAGCUCACACUUGAUAAUGACCGGUCAGAUCAAGAAGCCACAGACUGGAAAGGGGAGUGACGAGUCCACGGCCCUCAAUCAAAUGGGGCAUUUCGAGUAAGAUCAAGUCGGCUUCUCCCGCACUUAGCAGCACAAUCUCGAAGUGCACCACACUCAUCCCAUCCUCAGCUUGAGCAUGGGAUGUGCAGCAGCAGGACACUGAUUGACGGUCUCAACAAGCUCGCCCAUGGGCGGUCACAGCAUCACCAGAGAGCUCGAGGCGACUCAGUCACCCUUCCAAAUGUUCUUGGCUUAACAAUGGUGGUGUCGACUGGAGAUGUUUGAGUCGCAUUGUGCCGAGAGAGGUGAGGCACGCCCCUCAUCAAACAGCCAGCUUUUUCGAGGCUUCGUAUUCCGGGUCAUCAUACGGCUUCAUGUCCAUAACCUGCCAAGCCCGAGCCGCAUGCAACUCCUCUGGCGUUUUGGUGUUGAUGGCCAGGUGCCGUCUGCCCAGAUCACUGAUAUACAUGACGUUUUUACCCUAUCACAACGCCAGCCAGGCAGCUUCGUCAGUGAAGGUUCGAUAAACGGCGAGAGAACACAUGGUGUGCAGCGUGCACUUACCAGACCCAAGGUCAAAUCAAUAGAGGUGUCUAUCAUGGAAGGUUUGUAUGGUUUCAAUGGCUUGUGGUUGAUGGAGCGCACGAUAUUGCGGGCAACGUGGAAGCCUUGGAGAGAGGCGGCGCGGCCCAUUUUUGGCCCAGGGGUAUCAAUGACGUCUCCCAGAGCAAAAAUCUUAUCCGAAGGCGCAUCCUUCAUCUGCAAAGUCUUCUCAAUACGGAUCCCACCAGUUGGAGCCACCGAGGCCGGUGAGAACUCCUUGGUCAGGUCAGACUGCGCGGAUUGGCCGGUGCAUUUUAUCUGCGAAAAAGAACAAUGGUCAUCAGUACGGAACAGGGCGUUGAAUCAAAAGCCAUUUGGUUUGCUUACCAGGUGAUCGCAUUGGAGAACCUUCCCAUCGCGUAACAUGACUUGCUUGAUUGAUUUGGUCAAUUCCGGGUCCAAAUCCGACACGACCCGGUCGGCCAGAUACACAACGACGCCCAUGUCCUCCAAAGCCUUUUUGGCGAUUUCAUGGAGUGCCGGAUCGAAGUUGUUCAGGAGGCGGUCGCGAGAAUGCACCAGAGUCACAUUCUUGUCGGGAAAUUUUGUCUUGAUGUCCCCUGCGAUUUCGACACCCGCUGCUCCACCGCCGACAAUGACGAUAUCUUUCGCGGCUUCAAUUUGGUGUCGCUGGGCUUGGAAGUAAUCGAUGCAUUCUCUCUUCUCGUUCGCGUCCAGUUGUGCAGGAUACCGGGCCUUGGAACCCGUGGCAAUUGCCAGAUAUUCGUAGUCAAUCGUGGAGCCGUUGUCCAGCGUCACUUUGUCCGGAUCGAUGGCCACGACCGUGGCCUGUCGAAACUCGUACACGCCGGCUGGAGCAGUCGAAAUCUGUCGAGGGAAUGGAAUGAAGCAUUUGUUGUCGUGGCCGUCAACCACCGAAAUCCGCGGGAAGUUCCAGGUGAAGUGGUAGUGCGACUUCUUUUCGAUUAAAAUCACUCGAUAACCCGUCGGAAGCGAUUCGGCUAGUUCCUUCGCCAGAAAGAAGCCGGCCAUGGAGCCGCCGAUGACCACGACAUUCUUGGGGUUGUCGACCGGUUUGUAUGUCAGACGAUGGACCCGGGCGGCGCAAUUGUGAGUAAGCUGUUUCAGGCCCAGGGACAACGAGAGCCCGACAAGCUUGAGGAAGACCUGCAGCCGGUCGAGCAUCUUGAAGAAAGUCGUGUGGAGUAUGCGGACAAGGCGAGGAAGGAAAGGGGGGCCACAGCCGACAUCUUAUCUGAUCCAAAUGCUGGUCCAUUAAAUUGUCGCGCCGUGGCACCGCGGACCUUCCGGUCUCGGAAGGACCCACUCCGAAUCUCGGGUUCCACUGCAGUGGCAGUUGUCGCCGCGGGCGGUGUUUCUGCUGCCUAGCCUUGCCGAGCCUUGUCGGCCGAGAGGGUUGGCCCGUUGUAGUGUCUCUCUCGCGACAGGAGUGGUAGAUUCAAGCUGUGACAACUUUGUUUCUUGCAUUAGUUGCAUGGCACCCUGUGCUUAAAAGGGGAGUAUUGAAUACUGUAACUGUUUGCGGUAUAGUGCAUCUUCACACCUGUUGCCGGGCGCUUGAAAGAAGUCCAAGUCCAACAGGCCUACCUGCUAUAAAGCCGCCUGUAUGUCCGUGUCGUGUCCGACAUCACCGAGCUCAACUUGAAGCGAGCUGCAGUGGCAGACUGAAUUUGGCCUCGCCUCGCCGUGUCUUGCACUGGCAUUGCAUUGCAUUGCAUGUGAUCCACCCGCACGACUUUUUACCAUGUGAUUAGGGGCCCUAAGGCUCUAGCAAGCCCUUCUUGAACGUCUCGGCCGGCCUCUGGACCUCCAGGUAUUCGAUGCGCUCCCUCGUCUGUUCAAAGUGCACGCUUCCGUACCUAAGCAACUCAGCAAAAGUGCCAGGCUCGUGGUCCUUGUCCUUGUUGGUCUCUUCGUCCCAGAGAGCUCCCAAUGCAGGCGUCUUGGUCAGGUUCUUGCCGUGGGUGAUUUUCUGCAUGCUCGACCGGCUCAAAAGCCGCCAGACCAAUUUGUAAGCGGUCUUGUACUCUGCUGAAUCUCUGGGUGCAUCGAGUUUCGUGGCCAGAGCGUCAAACAGGAUCUGCCCGCCAAACCCGAUGGUUGCUUCGGCGCCCCAGUCCUACUGCAAGGCGUUGAAAAUGAGGACUUUGUUCAGCCAAUACUCGGUGCCGCUGAAGGUGUUGUUGUUACUGUCAUCGCCUGUGCCUGUGCUCUCUAGCAUGCACAGUUUCAUCCAUGACAACACUUGGGCGAUAUACUCGAACACGGUCUGCGGUUCUACGUUCAAGUCUCAGUUGAAGUUGGCUUCUUCGGCCUCCUUGAAAGUGUUUCUGAGGGCAAAGGACACAAGACGACCCUGGAUGAUGCCUUUGUGGUUCUGACGGCCUUUCCAGAGAUGGACGAGGAUGUCGUGCCUGGCAGGACCAUGAAAUGUAAGUUGGAAAAACUCAGACGGUUGUGUGUUCUGGGUUCUUAUUCAGAGUACUGGGUCUUUGCCUUUUCGCAUACUUACCAUCCUUUGAUAAAAUGGUCGCCCUUGCGACUAGCUACAAAGUGAUUCGCCAUGAUGGUGCCGAACAUGAUUGGGGCGGAAACCUCAUACGGCGAUUCCGGGUCAGCAAGUUGAUUUCAACAGAUCCGGUCGAGGUCGCGGAUGAGAAUGAUCCCGACGCCCAUGUACACUCCUCCAUGGGUAUACAGGCACGCACCGCGCAGGAAGUCCGAGCUAUGGGGUCCCACGUACACCCUGGUCAUGGUGCCAUUGACAAACGACUGAGGCAGGAGGUCGGCAGAGACAUAGUUGAGCGCAUAAUUUGGCGAGUCGGGAAUAGCAUCGAGGACUCGAACCGUCCAGCUCGGUCCACACAAGCGAACCCAGUUGAUGACGUUGCGUUGGCACCACCCAGGCAUGCUGCGGAGCCCUUUGGCCCAGAACGCCCAGAUAUUCUUCUCAGACGUGACGGGUCGGUGGGUUUCCAAUGAGCGGAGGAUGUCUUCGUCAGAGUGCUUGUCGAGCGCGUCGACAUAUCGUAGCUCAUUCUGGUAUUCCUUCGGGAUGGAGAAUUGGGGAGAUGCCGCCAUUGUGUGGAUCAGGUCUACUAUGUAGAGGGACGUGGAAUGGACACUGGGAGACAAGGAGGUCGAACCGAUUGAGAAGGGCACCAGGAAAUAUUCAUUGCUAACUCACUGUCAAGAAAGAAGGCUUUAUAUACUGUACGUACAGUAGGUCUCGACUCAACGUCAGAUGGCCAUGUGUUCCAAGAAGACUGGAGCCCAUCUUGCAUUUCGGGUCGUAGACCAGGGUGAGCCGAAGAGAGUGAUGUUGGUGUAGGUGGCCUUACCUCUCGUUUACUAGGGUCUUGUCGUUCCAUAAGACAGUUUACUAGUAAUCGGCUGGACAACAUCGUCUGUAC